CGUAGUCCACCGACUGAGAGGUUUCCGAGUGUGUCUGGAAAGGAUUCAACUCCUCCCUCCUCCGUGGUCCGUCCGUCUAAACCCCCCCGAUUGCUGCUCCAACGCACUAGUCAUGGUUCGAUAAACGGCCCUCUUUGUGAUAUGACUCUCCGCCGCCAUUGAAUUUUAACCCAACUACACCGAUUUAACCCCCCUUUGAACACCGUCAUUCGAUUUGCUUUCUGAGUCUACUGACUCUGAAGGCAGCUCGGCUGGUCGAAGAUGGAAGAACAGGUAGCGAAUGCCAUAGAAAUCGCCUGGAAUCCUUCCUCAGACCAAGCCCUCAAGGCGCAAGCCUUCGAUUACCUGAACCAACUCCGUACCGAUCCCUCGGGAUGGCAAGUCUGCCUCGCCCUAUUCACAAAGACUCCCCAGCACUCUGAGAUCAUACGACAUGUAGCACUAGAGGUGGUAAACAGUGCCGCCCAGGCUGGGCUGAUUGACCCUCAGGCUCUAGGAUAUGUCCGGGACGGCCUCAUGAGCUACCUCCGCCAGGUCUAUGGACAGGAGAACGCAAACCCAGAUCCUCCCAAUAUUCAGAACAAAAUCGCGCAGACGAUCACCUUCCUCUUCUCAGCGCUCUACGGUAACGGCUGGGAGUCGUUCUUCGAUGAUCUCUUGAGCUUAACAUACAAGGGUGCCUCGAGCACGUCACCUGACAAUAUGCUGGGAAUUGUAUUUUACCUUCGAGUGGUCAAUUCUAUCCAUGAUGAAAUCGGUGAUGUUCUCGUGUCCAGAUCUCGUACGGAACAGGAUAGGGCAAAUUCACUCAAGGACCUGAUCCGAAUGAGAGACAUGCAAAAGAUCGCAAGCUCGUGGCAACAGAUUUUGUCGGAAUGGCGGGACGGCAACGACCUGAUCGUAGAGAUGUGUUUGAAGGCAGUUGGUUCCUGGGUUAGCUGGAUUGAUAUUAGCCUAGUGGUCAACCAGACAAUGCUCGAUCUCUUAUUCCAGCAACUGGCCCGGGCACAGAAGGCGGAGCUCAGGGCGGGAGAGGAGAAGGUGCGGGAUGCAGCCGUCGACGUUUUCACGGAAAUUAUCGGCAAAAAGAUGAAGCCGGAGGAUAAGAUUGAUAUGAUUAUUUUCUUGAACCUGGACACCAUCGUUUCUCAGCUCUCCAACAGCCCCCCUCUUUGUGAGAAUAGGUUUACCUUCAAAUACGAUACGGAUCUAGCCGAAACAGUUGCGAAGCUAGUCAAUAGUACAGUGGUUGAUGUUGUGCGGGCUUUGGAGCAGGAGAACAUCUCUGCAGAAUGCAGGGAGAAGGCCAAUGGGCUAUUGCAGGCCUUCCUUCCGCACAUCCUCAGAUACUUUUCCGAUGAGUAUGACGAGGUCUGCUCGACCGUCAUCCCCUGUGGCAGCGACCUGCUUCAAUACUUGAGAAAGCUCUCUAAGACCGACCCUUCUCUGACCGCGCAGCAUUCUCCGAUCUUACUCCCUAUCUUGAAGGCCAUCAUUGCCAAGAUGCGAUAUGACGAGACCUCCUCAUGGGGCGACGAGGAUGACCAGACUGACGAGGCAGAGUUUCAGGAGCUCCGCAAGAGACUAGCCAUUAUGCAACAAACUGUCGCCACAGUGAACGAACAGCUCUACAUAGACGCCGUCUCCGAGGUUGUCGCCACAACCUUUGAGAACCUACGACAGUCGGGUGCGCAGUUAGACUGGCGUGAUCUGGACCUUGCAUUACAUGAGAUGUUCCUCUUUGGAGACAUUGCCGUGAAGGCAGGCAGUCUCUACACGAAAAACCAACCCAACAAUCAGGCAGCAGAGCGACUUAUUGAGAUGGUGGCAAGAAUGGUAGAGUCCGACAUUCGCUCCUUCACGCAUCCGGCGACACAGUUACAGUACAUGGAAAUCUGUGUUCGUUACAGUUCAUUCUUCCUGUACCACACUCAUCUCAUCCCCGGUGUCUUGGAAAGCUUCCUUCAACUGGUUCACCACCCCACGAAGAAGGUUAAAACCAGAUCCUGGUAUCUUUUCCAGCGGUUAGUCAAGCAAUUGAGAAGCCAGAUCGGCAAUGUUGCGGAGACAGUCGUCCAGGCCCUAGGCGAUCUUUUGGUGAUCCAGGCGGAAAUUCCUACGGAAGGUGCUGACGGUGAUGAAAUGUCGUCGGAGGAUCAUGAAGGGUCCGCAGAUGCUGUUUUCAACAGCCAGCUUUACCUAUUCGAAGCCGUUGGCAUUAUCUGCUCCACCCCGACUAUCCCUGCCGACAAGCAGGUCCUGUAUGCGCAGUCGGUACUAACCCCUGUGUUCAUGGACAUGGAGAAACACCUGGCACCGGCGAAGUCCAACGACGAGAAGGCUUUGUUACAAAUACAUCAUGAUAUCAUGGCCCUUGGAACACUGGCAAAGGGCUUCUCAGAUUGGAUGCCAGGAACCAGCUCACCAACCUCUCUGCCCGCGGCUGAGGUUUCUGAGGCAUUCUUGCAGGUGUCCGAGGCUACUCUUGUCGCUCUUGAAUCCCUUAAAACCUCUUUCAACAUUAGGACGGCCGCCCGAUUUGCCUUUUCCAGACUCAUUGGUGUGCUUGGCUCUCGUAUUCUCCCACAGCUCCCGAGAUGGAUCGAUGGCCUACUAACCCAGACUUCUACUCGGGAUGAAAUGGCUCUUUUCUUGCGGCUGUUGGACCAAGUGAUCUUCGGUUUCAAGAGCGAAAUCUACGCCAUACUCGAUGCACUAUUGACUCCUUUCCUACAACGGGUGUUCGCCGGGAUUGCCGAUCCCACUACCGGUACCGACGACGAGAUCCAGCUUGCGGAGUUGAAACGGGAAUACCUGAAUUUCUUAUUGGCGGUUUUGAACAAUGACUUGGGUGCUGUGAUCAUCAGCGAGAGAAAUCAACCCAUGUUCGAUACCGUCAUCACAACCAUCGAACACUUCGCCAAGGAUGUCGAGGACUUUACCACUGCGAAGAUGGCAUUCUCAGUACUCUCCAAAAUGGGCAGUUCCUGGGGCGGGCCUGAUAUCGCACCGGAGGCGACGAACGGCACCGCCCAGCAGGCUGCUCUCCCCGGAUUCGCACAGUUCAUGAUCAGCCGAAUGUCGCCCUUGUGUUGGGCACUUCCCACCACCCCGUCCUUCAAUCCCAAAGAUGCACAGGCCAAGCAGGUUCUCGCCGAAGCUGGAGGAUUGCAGCGCACCAUCUAUUGCAAGACCGGCAUGGAGUAUAUCCAGUACCUUCGAGACCAAGAAUUGCCUGGCAUGGGAAUGGGUACCGAACUCAUAGAGGAGUUCUUGAACGCAUUAAGCCGGCUAGACUUGAAGGGAUUCCGGCAGUUCUUCCCGGUAUGUAUUUCCAGGUAGCAGUUAACCUAAGACCUCCAGCUAACAACCACCACAGUCCUUUAUCCAGCGAUUGAGCGCAUGAUCCUUUUGCAUUCCAUAUUCUUUCUUUUCCCUUAUGCUCCUCGAUCAUUCUCACUGUUUUUCUUCCUCUUAGAUUCCCCCACGGUUUGGUUUGAUGACUGAUGUUCUCAUGUGAUCCUUUACACUGAUAGCUCUGUCGCCGGCAAUUCCUCUGUCAUUUUCCCAGAAAAAAGCAGAAAACUCAAGAAAAAGAAAAAAGAAAGGUAUAUAGUUCGCGAUGCAUAUUUGCAUAAAACAGGCGUUGAUUACUGCGUUAAUCACCAACAGAGUGAAGAAGAGAAAAACAAAAAGGACUUCCCAAAUUCCAUAUAAAAUAAAUCAUUAACAAAACGGAAAGAAAGGGGGGUAAUGGUCGAGGCAGCGGACAGGGAUGGGGCCGGGGGUGUUAGUUGGUUGGUUGAUUGAUUGAUUGAUACCUAUCGUCGGAGCUCAACAGAUACCUUAUGCAAGUCGGGAGGUUUGAGUACUGUCUUGGCUUUCUACUUUCUAUAUGGAGGAUUCAUUUGUGUGUAGACUUCGAGUUAUUCAUG